GUUCUGAGUGCCAACAAGCAACGACGUGUCGUCGGAAGAUUGCAAAUAAUUUCGUAUCGUCAGAAAUAUAUAAAGAAACUCCCAGUCAAUAUGUCAGCACCGGUGGGUCCGGAACCAGCCACGAUCAUUUGUCCAACUUGCAAUAAACAAGUAAUCACCAGCGUGGACCAUACAUCAUCCACGAAAACGCAUUUGAUAGCUUUGCUUUUAUGUGUUAUCGGCUUUUGGCCGUGCGCUUGCUGCCUUUAUUGCACAGGCUGUGCUCGUAAUGUCGAACAUCGAUGCCCAUCAUGCAACAGCUUCAUUGGAGUUUACGAACGUUGAAGUGGCUUAUUAGCAACUAAUAACCGUUAUUUUCAACGACACCUACUAUACUGUAUAUAUAAGCGCAUAUACAUAUAUAUGUAGGUAUAUUAGGAUGAUUAAAAAAAAAAUUUUAUUUUUUUUCG